GUGUGUGUGCACAACAUAGUUUUUCAGAUGCUUUAGUGUGAUAUAUAGUUGACUUCGAAAUACGCAAUCGUGUCUGCUGUCCCUAUAUUGAUACCCUUGUACACAAUCCUGUCUCUCUUCGAUCUUCAAUCAUGAGUGAUCUCAAUCCGCUUCAACACGACGAUAAUCCAGGACCUUCGAGUUCAAUGGGUCCUCCACUAUAUAUACCCUCAUCAGGAGCAGGUCCAAUACGGCGUCGUCGUUUCAGCACAGCCAAAAUUCAGCCGACACGGAUCAAAAAAGUCAUGCAGUCUGAUGAAGAAAUUGGUCGUAUGGUUGCUUCUGUUCCAGUGGCUAUCGGGCGGGCCAUGGAGCAUUUUGCAGAGAAAUUUUUACAGGCAGCUGCUCAGGCUACUCAAAUGAGCAAUUCACGGACAUUAACACCUGCGCAUAUGAAGCAAGCAAUGAUGGCGAAUCCACACUUCCACUUUCUCGCAGACAUCUUCAAAGAGGUUGCAGUCCCCGGUCGUAUGGGGACGGAAUUUGAUCCCUCGCUUGCACGACAACAAAUGCAGUUGCUGCAGGCAGGUCUUCCUCCUGUGGCUCCAACCAGCUGUGCAAGUCCGGUAUGCAGUCCUUGUACCCCUGUCUCCCCUAUGGGUGUAAAUGGAUCGGCAUCGUUUGGAAUGCCGCCGCAAUCAGCAAAUGGCACCUACUCAGUUCCGCUUCCUGCGUCAGUACCCUAUACCAUACCCUACUCCCCGAUGGUACCCACUAUGGCUGGGGCGGGACAGACACAAAAUGUUCCUCCUAUUCAAUAUCAAGUGCCGCCGUCGGCUAUGGCAACAGCAGUUCCACCUUCUCCUCCUGCAGCGCCAGUUUCAUCGGCACGUAAAACAACGAAUGGGAAGAAAGAACCUCCUGCUGAUGGCGAAAAACCUAAAAGAGGGCGUCCACGUAAAAUUAAGCGCUCUGAGAAAUGCCUCGACGAAGAGUUGUUAUUUGAAUGUGUUGAUACUUGUGCCUGGCAUCAAACACUGGGAGCGGAAGAUCAAGAUCGAGCUUUGAUGCCUCCACCUGCACUUCCGCUGGGACGUGCCAAACCUGUAGCGUGACCCUGUUGUACGGAACGCAUUUCAUUGUUAUACUUCCUUCUCAUCGUUCCUCUAUUACGAGUUCCUCAGAGAAGAACGGAGAAUCACCGUUUCAUAUGGAUCUGAUGGUACAGUGUAGCAUCGCGAUUCGUUUUCCACAAAGACUUUAAUUUUCGUGUUUUUCGUGUACUGUAUUGAAUGUUGAUUAGUUUUUCUGAUGACAUGUACUGUUUUUCGAUGUAUUCUUUCAAGAUUUAGUUGUGUUGUUUGUUAUUCGACCGUUGUGUUGUGUAGUCAGUCACGUUUUUAUCAACAU